CAGGUUUUGGGGAGGUUGGCAGGGGCGGGGUGUGACACCGGACAGGCUGAUGACUCUGUGGAGUCACUCAUGCAUGGUCACACAAUGUGACAGUCCAGACAUGGCUGGAAACGGGAGGCAGCUCCGUUUAACCGAGCCCCAUCUCCGACUCCAAGCCGCCUCCAAAAACUAACAACACAAGGAAAACUUUGCCUUGCGCAAAGUCAGCGGGCCCGGGACAGACAGCGGGACCGGCAGACUGAAGACGUGUGUGCAUGAAUGAGUUUGAGAGGCGUCGUUUAAAAACAAAAAAGAGUUUGUUGGGCUGACAGAGAGGCGACAGGUUGCGGGUUUGGGAUCAGGGAGACAGAGAGUGGGAAGGUCGCUGCAGCCGCGGGAGGUCCACACGCUUUUCAACGCACUCAAAUGAUGGCCCCAAUGAUGGCAGAUGGAUUUGCUUUUCGUAUUUAAGUAUGACAUCUCCGGUCUAAAGGUGUCAUACUUAUUGUGAACCCUAGUCGAUGGAUUUAUUACCUUUAACACAAGAAUAUUUUACCUGUACUUUCUCCAUAGGCUAGAAAUCUUGAAGCAUGGGCGACUGGAGCUUUCUGGGGCGGCUGUUGGAGAACGCUCAGGAGCACUCAACGGUCAUCGGCAAAGUCUGGCUGACUGUCCUCUUCAUCUUCAGGAUCCUGGUGCUGGGGGCCGCGGCUGAAGAAGUCUGGGGAGACGAGCAGUCCGACUUCACCUGUAACACGCAACAGCCCGGUUGCGAGAACGUCUGCUACGACGAGGCCUUCCCUUCGCACAUCCGCUUCUGGGUGCUGCAGAUCAUCUUUGUGUCCACGCCGACUCUCAUCUACCUGGGCCAUGUGCUACACAUCGUCCGCAUGGAGGAGAAGCGGAAAGAGAAGGAGGAGGAGAUGCGCAAAGCAAACAGGUUCCAAGAGGAGAAAGAACUCCUUUUUAAAAACGGUGGAGAAGUUGGAGGAGGAGGCGGCAAGAAGGAGAAGCCGCCAAUCAGGGACGAGCAUGGCAAAAUCCGUAUCAGAGGCGCAUUGCUGCGGACCUAUGUGUUCAACAUUAUUUUCAAGACUCUGUUUGAAGUGGGAUUCAUUUUGGGCCAGUAUUUACUCUAUGGCUUCCAGCUGAGGCCCCUGUACAAGUGUGCACGUUGGCCCUGCCCCAACACCGUUGACUGCUUCAUAUCGAGACCCACUGAAAAGACUAUUUUUAUUAUAUUUAUGCUUGUGGUGGCUUGCGUGUCUCUUUUGCUGAAUUUGUUAGAGAUCUAUCACCUUGGAUGGAAGAAAGUUAAACAGGGCAUGACAAAUGAGUUUGCCCUCGACCACGAGUUGCUGCGGCGUGUGAACAUUGCAGAGCCUGAGUGUAUGGCCUCGGCCUCCAGAACUGCCCCAUCCAGCCUCAGAUACCCAACCAACUACACAGAUGUGAAGGCGGGCAGCGGGGCGUUCCUGCCGCCACUGGGGCCGGUAGCCGUGCCCUCAGCAGCGGAGUUCAAAAUGGACGAACUCCAGCAGGAGGAGUCCCUCCGUCAGCCCUCCCCCGCUUCCCACUACUACAUAAGCAACAACAACAACCACAGGCUGGCCACGCAGCAGAACUGGGCCAACUUGGCCACCGAGCAGCAGACUCGGGAGAAGAAGGCCACCUCCCCCUGCCACUCCUCCUCUUCCUCCACCAGCAACGACAAGGAGCAGCAGCAGCAACCCGUCGAUGCUGCACUGCUCCCUCCAACCAGCAACACCACCAGUAACACCAACAUCAACAAUUCAACUGCCACUGCCGCCUCCAGCAGCAGCAGCAGCAGCAGCAGCAGCAGCAGCAGCAGCAGCCAUGGCACUGCAUCCAACGCAGGCAGCUGGAGUGGAGGGAGGAGAGAGCAGGAGGAAGGCCACGUCACCACCACCACUGUGGAGCUGUACGAGCCUCCAGCAACGGUCAGCACAGACCCUCGGCGGCUCAGUCGGGCCAGCAAGAGCAGCAGCAUCACAAGGCCGAGCGACCUGGCUGUUUAAAUCUCUCUGGCCCUUUCAUGUCCCUAAACCCUCCCUGAUCAGCACCCUGCAUCCCCAAACCCCCC